AAGUAUGAUGGGCCAAAGGGCAACAUAUUGGCGAAAUGGGUUUGCAAAAUUCUGUGAAAAACCUUAUCCAUACCCUGAAUCUGACAGGAUUAACGCCCAUCCUCACACUACCAGGAUUCAGUUCAGACCCAUCAAAAGCACACUCAAUUAUGGGUCCACUAUAAAAAACCUAAUGGUGUAAGUUUGUUAAUGUUGGGCCAAACUCUUUACAUGGGCUUCAUUUACAAUUGCCGAAUGAUGACGCGCUUAUGUCUAAGUUUUCAAAUUUCAACCGACAGAAACACUGAAUCCAAAAAACACCGCUUCAACACCUAAAUUUAUCCACGUCAUUGAUCCGCGGAGAUACUUAUCUUCAUCUCAACCCUCCGUUAUAUCUUAUCAACGGCCACAAUUCAUCGUUAAUCAUAUCAUACGGAUCACUCUCUCAACUCAACACUCCCCACUUCCCCUAUAAAUAUGUUCCCAUACUUCACAUAAAACCUCCGAAGCUUCAAAAUUUGUUAAUCUUGGUUCUAUAUUCAAGAUGUCGGGGAGAGGAAAGGGGGGCAAGGGACUUGGCAAGGGAGGGGCGAAGCGCCACCGUAAGGUCCUCCGCGAUAACAUUCAGGGAAUCACAAAGCCGGCAAUUCGGCGUUUGGCUCGGAGGGGAGGAGUCAAGCGUAUCAGUGGCUUAAUCUACGAGGAAACACGUGGGGUUCUGAAGAUCUUCUUGGAGAACGUGAUUCGUGAUGCUGUGACUUACACCGAACAUGCGAGGAGAAAGACUGUGACUGCUAUGGAUGUGGUUUAUGCACUGAAGAGGCAGGGUAGGACUCUGUACGGAUUUGGUGGUUAAAUGAUUUAGGGUUUAGGUUUUGAGAAUGGUCGGUG